GGUCACAUGUGAGUGUCGAUAAAUAUCUUAGUUUUAUUGUGAAGCUUUAAUAAAUAGUUAUCUUUUUGAUUUUAUCAUUCCUGACCGUUGUUAAAUUCAAAACACAACAAUGGGUGACAUCGAAGACACACACUUUGAGACCGGAGACUCCGGGGCCUCAGCCACCUUCCCCAUGCAAUGUUCGGCCCUGCGUAAAAAUGGUUUCGUUAUGCUGAAGGGUCGUCCAUGCAAGAUUGUUGAAAUGUCCACAUCCAAAACCGGAAAGCACGGCCACGCUAAAGUUCACUUGGUUGGGAUUGAUAUCUUCAAUGGUAAAAAGUAUGAAGAUAUCUGUCCCUCCACACACAACAUGGACGUACCUCACGUGAAGCGCGAAGACUACCAACUGACUGAUAUCUCGGAUGAUGGCUACCUGACCCUGAUGGCUGACAACGGUGACCUGCGUGAGGACCUCAAAAUCCCGGAUGGUGACCUCGGCACACAGUUGCGUACUGACUUCGACAGCGGCAAGGAAUUGUUGUGCACCGUGCUGAAAUCCUGCGGUGAGGAGUGCGUCAUCGCCGUCAAAGCAAACACAGCUCUCGACAAAUAAACCAACUCAGCAUUUAUAGGGUUAACAAACUUUUAAUUUUUUACAAUCAACAACUCUUACAUAAAUGUAAAACAUAAUAUUGUGUAUAAAUUUAACUUAAAAAACGAAUAAUAAUACAGAGGUGGUGCUCGGAGACCGCGGGGCGCCUCCCCCUCGCUGACGUCACUCGCAAUACCUCACCCCCUCACUUCGCCGACGCGUUCCGUAGUCUCGCCCUCAAUUCCGUAAUACUUAACAGAAUUUAAAGGGCAUCUAAAGUUUUUGCUGGCCAAAUCGAACAGUCAUCCGAUUAUUGUUAAACAAUUACAGCUAGAAAACGAAAAAGAUU